CCCUCCAUGCAACAGGAAAUGAAGUCAAAGGCAACGCUGCUGAAUUGUGCAAAACAAAAGAAAAACAAAGGUCCUACGCAACGCAAUGUGCUUUUAACACAGCAUUCGAUACCAUCUCGUCGCAAAUUUCGUUUCCUAUUAGAAAACGUGGCCUCUUGGCCUAGAUUCACUGUUUUUCUCUUUUAAUUUCUGACCAUUAAAAUAUUGAUGUAAAUUUUGUACCGUUUCUCAUCGUUUUAGUUCGCUGACUUCCGUUUUAAUUUCGAGAACUUUUGGCAGAAAAUGAACUUGGGUUUAAAAGAAGAAGUGAAAGUAGUGGUGAAUUCCCUACUAGUUCCACAUUCACGAGGCUUGACUUUGGACAAGCUAUUGAAUGAGUAUGCCAAUGUUGAAAUGAAAGAAUUUCCAUACAAGCAACUUGGACACAAUAACCCAGCUGAUUUCUUAGCUUCUAUUCCUGAUGUAGUGAAAUUUACUAGAUUACCAAGUGGACAUGUUCUUCUCCAAGCUAUUUCUAAUUCAAAAACUGGUCACAUUCAAGAAUUAGUCAAAGGCCAGAAGAAUAGUCAAACUGCUAGUUUUAAAAACUAUAACAGAAUAACUCAAUACAACAAUCACUAUCAACCUCCUGCCAGACGAUAUCCCAAUCAUACAAUGCAGGGCAAUAGGAAUCGCUUCCAACCAACACAAUUUUCGGCACCUCCACGAAGAAUGACUCAAUCCUAUUCUAACAUGGCAGGCAACACAAAUGGCAAACCAAUGGCUUCACAAGUUGUACAUAUAAAUGCAAAUUCAUUGAUGGCUGAAAUAACAUCAUCCCGAACAUGUUCAAGUGUUGAAUAUGAGUCUCAACUGGUGUCUGAAUUUAAAAAUCUUUUUCAGUCUUAUCCUGAUGGAAUUGACAUUGCUCAUGUCUUUGCCCUCUAUUCGAAUAAGUUCAAGAAAGAAGUGUCUCUUCAAAAUAUUGAGCCGAACUUGACUUCUUUUGCCUUCUUCCAACGACAUAGUAACGUGUUUAGAUUGUGGAAGCGUUCAGACAACACUUUGGUGGGUCUUGCAGGAAAUGAGACACUACGACCAAGUCAACUAGAAACAGCAAUUCCGUCACCACAUGCAGAUCGAGGGAGUCUAACUGGAGCAGUGCCCAAGAUGCACACUCCAAAUAAUGCAGCUUAUUCAAAUGGUCAAUCUCCUACGAAUAGAGCGACUCCAAAGUUUCAAUCACCGACUACUGCAGUCCCUGUUCAAUUCACAUCUCCGACUAACGUAGCUGCCACAACACAGUCGGAAGAUACAAUGUAUCGUACAACGAAUGGACAUCUUGUUCAAACUCAGUGGACCGCGUUGGAUAUUCGCACGCGCAUUCCCGGGACUAAGCCUUUACAAACAGUGAUAGUUGGUGGCAGAGAUUCUGAAGAAAAUCUUGCUCACCUCGUGCCACCGAAACUUGUACCCGUUCCUUGGCACGCCCCGCCUCGCGCCGACGAAGUUUUGCCCGAUACGUUUGGUGUACGUAAACCCAAGAUCAAACACGUUUAUGAAGUUGACAUCCCAGUGGGACGUCAGGCAUUCCCUGGAAAUUUAGCCGAUUUCGACUAUUUCUUUCUGAUUGUUGCGGAGGUCUAUUCUCCAGGCGAAUUCUAUUGGUUCUUGAGCGAGAACAGAAAGCCCAUUGAAGAUCUUACAGAUGACAUGACGUUGUUUUACAGCAGUAACCCUGAGUAUGUCAUAUCCCGGACUGAGAUGUACAUUGGCCAGCUAGUUGCUGCCAUGUACACUGACAAUCUCUGGUACAGGGCUCGAAUCGUUGGAUGCCAUGAAGAAUAUUUCCAGGUUUUUUAUGUUGACUAUGGUAGUAAAAACUUCGUGAAGCUGGACAGGAUCCGUCAUCUCCAUCUCCAUUUUUUGAAAAUGCCUCUGCAGGCUUUCCGAGGUCGAAUUUUUGGCAUCCAGCCGUUACAACACGAGACUAAGUGGUCAUUUGAAUCAGGGAAAUGUUUUUUGGAUCUCAUUAAAGGGUGUAAGAUUAUUGCUGCUGCAAAGAUGGUUGAAGAGACCUUAGAGAUACCAGAGUAUGAAAUCGACACAGUCUACUCUUUGACUUUGGUUGAUACAACAAAGGAGAAAGACAUCCACGUCAGUGAUUAUUUGAUUGAAAGUGGAUUUGUUUCGCCUUGCGAAGAGGAACAAAUUGCUGUUGCCUCCGCAAAUUCUGUUUAUGAAUAUUCCACGCCGUCGCCUCCAGCUGAACACACCGGUAGAGCGCCUUCACCAAAUCCAACUGAACACACCGGUAGAGCGCCUUCACCAAAUCCAACUUGCGCGUUUCCCUCAUCGGCAGUAAAUUCAGUUACAAGCCAGAUGCAGACAACAAGCAUUUCGAUUACGACACCGACCCUGAUUUCAAAUAACGAACAUCUUGAUUUCGAGAAUCCAUCAAUAGACGAAGAGGUAUUCAAUGAAAGAAUUUCUUCGAAUAUCCAGCCUGAAGAAAACGUGAUUGCCUCGGUGAAUGAACCCCUUCCAGUCUUAGCAUCUGAAAGAAGUUUGGAGGCGAAUGAGUCAAAAUGCGUCGAUGUAAUAGUUUUGAAAGACGAACGAAGGCUAUAUACAGUAGAAGAUGGUGGUGAAUUGUAUCUUCCUAAGCCGGACAUCUUAAUGCUCAUCCCGAGUCUGGAUAGUCAAAUUGCCGCCUUUAAAGCAAAGAUCGACUGCAAAGUAGUCACUGCCGAAACGCAUCCAAAUAUCUUUGCCGAUUGCGCGAAGGCUGGGGCACCUUGGAUGAAAGAUGAUUCCUUAUCUGAACUCACUCUUUAUUCACUGCAAUAUGUUUCUCUACUGUUCUUCUUGUGUUCGGUGAAAGAUAAGGUUGCCUCUUCAGCUAUUGAGGCAAAGCGAAAAGAAUUCAGCAAUAAGUAAAUAAGCACAUUUUUCUUUUUAUGAUUUUCAUUGAGUGCUCAAGUUUGAGCAAUUAAUUACCUUCCAAUUCUUUAUUUUAUCUGAUAAACAAGUAUUUAAACCAGGAAAAAUCAGUUUUUAUAAAAUUGAAUCAAAACUGUCAUUGAACAAAACAUACUGUCCUAAUUUUGUAAUUUACUUGUAUUGUUUACUUUCCGUGCAACAAUAAUACAGAAUGUAAAAAAUGAAAAA